AUGAACGCGGAUCAACAGUGUGAGCGAGGCGAAGUCGAAUCCAAACGCAAAAGGCUCAGGAAAGGGACGCACAGCUGCUGGGAGUGCAAGCGGAGAAAGGUUCGAUGCACAUUUGCGUCCUCAACAGACUCGACUUGUAUCACCUGCCAACGGCGCGGUACAAGAUGCAUCGGUCAGGAUGUUCCCGAAGAGGAGUGUCCAGUGGACGAUGGCGCUGGCAGCAUGGAACGAGUCGAGGCACUCCUGAAUAAGUUGGUCAAGAAUAUCGACCACAGGACGACAGAGGAUCGACCGAGGCGCCAGUCAGUACAGACCCAGGAGAGCCAUGGGCGAAUGAAUUCCUCCAGAGCAGCCAGUCGUCCGCCGCCUGCGCCGUCAGUUAGCUCGCGUGAAUCUCCAGCGGGGGGCAUUCUUCAAGGUUCGAGAGAUUGGAAUGCCUUCCUCACUGCUCCGUCAGAUUGCACGCCCGAGUUUCAAGCAUCUCCGAUAUCGUGGACGUCGGUUUCCAAGGCAAGUGGCCAGGACAAGAUCUCACAAGCCCUCUUUGCAUCCUUUCCCUCUCAAAACGAGAUCAAUACUCUAAUGAAAGCCAACCCUGGUUUUUCGCAAAUCUGUCCUCGCAUCAAGUCUGGGUUCUUCCACAGAAGUACAGGAGAAAUUGCGGGCGCGGCGAAGGAACUAGGACCUCAGACUCACCCAGUUCUUUUGGCUAAGCACAUGCUCAUGGUCGCAGCUCUACUGAUGGGUUUCCCGCGGCAUCAACAGGCCCCCGGCGUACUCGAACACCAUCACAGCGUCAUGUUGAAACUUGCAGAUGCCGCCAUCAGCCUUGUGACGACGAAUGAUGAGUUUUCAAGUUCGCUAGAGAGCCUGGAAUGCAUCCUACUUGAAGGGCAACAUCAUUCCAACUGUGGGAAUAUCCGACGAGCAUGGCUCGCGCACAGAAGGGCUCUGAUGGUGGCUCAACUUCUCGCUCUUGACAGGGUCAACGGACCCGCGCCGAGAAGACUCGAUCCUGAAACGAAGACCAACAGGGCAAGUUUAUGGACACAUGUUCUCUACGUCGACCGCUUCGUCUCUCUGAUGCUUGGCCUCCCCCCCGGCAACACCGACAUUACUAGUAACCCCGAAGUGCACGCCGCACCCGCAAACGAAAAGCCAAGGGAGGGUCUAGAAUCCUUCCACGCCGUUGUGUCCGUGAAGAUCUUUGAACGAAACCAACUCCGUCCCUCGCAGCAGGUCAUGGCCCAGACUCUGGAAAUUGACAGGGAGCUUCGAAAGACGGCAGAGACCAUCCCGGCCAAUUUCUGGAGGCCGGCAGAAUGUAGCGGCAUGCAAACCGACACAGAAGACGCUCUCGAGGAAGCCUUGCGAAUAAGGGACCACGUAACGCACUUCUCCCUGCUCAAUCAGCUGCAUUUGCCGUAUCUCCUGUGUCCAAGUUCUGGUCUGAACGAGUACUCCCGAACAUCGUGCAUCUAUGCCAGCCGUGAGAUCUUGAGUCGGUUCAUCACCUUUCGCACCUUGAACACCAUCUCAGCGUGCUGCCGCCUAGCCGACUUCCUCGCCGUCGUGGCCGGCAUAACUCUGGUGUUGGCACACAUUGACGGGCAUCGCGUGGCAAAGAACGGCAACGCCCUCUCGCACCAGCGAUUGGGGGACAGGGCGGUAGUCGAAAAGGUUCUCGAGGAGGUCGAGGUCAUCUCCAAGCCGAACGACGACAUGCUAACUGCCAAGUGUGUGGACGUGCUGCGGCGGCUGCUGCGCAUCGAGGCGGAUGCCGCCGAGUGGCAUGAAGAACGCACAGACGAGGCCAAAGGAGCCGGAAACGGCCGUGACGACGGGAGAGAUAGCAAUGGCAUUUUUUUGAUGACGGGCCCAUACUGUGGCACGUUCAAGGUGUCAAAACGUGGGAUCGAGUUCCUUGAGGAAGGGCCCGACGACGCUCCAUCGCCUGAUCAUCCGGGCCAAGGCAUCAAGCUCGGCGGCAUCGGGACAAUACGAGUCGUCGAGGGCACGAUCGCGGACGAUCAUGAGCGCGAGCUUCCCACGGCUGCGCUGCAGAUGGGAGUUGGGCGGCAGCAUGGCUAUGUCUCACCACCUUCCGAGAACGACCAACCACCACAUGCACUCACGGACGCGGACAACCUGCAGAUGACUAAUGCCAGUGCCCUCCCGUCUGAUGACUUUAUGAUGCAGAACACCAACAUAUACCCUGCCAGCGUCACGCCGGGUGCGAACGAGUGGGCAAUUCCUGGCAUGGACGGAGUGUUUUUCGACAGUCUGAUCAUGAUGCAGAUGGACCCGCAGGCUGCGAAUGGAGAUGCAAGCAGCGACUGGACCCGAUCAAUGAAUGCCUAUACAGGGUGA